ACUGUCGUGGGUUACGUAUUGUAUUUCUCUCAUAAUAACUUUCUUUUCAAUUUGACCCUUUUCAGUUUUCUAUAUAAACAACCCAAUAAUUUCCCUUUCAAAAAUCACAACUAGUCCUCAUACAUAGGAAAUUAAAACAACAUAAUUUUGUUUUCGAACAUUUUUAUACAAUCAUGGCAAAGUCAUAUGUGUCUGUGUUCUUCUUUCUUCUUCUGAGUCUGGUUUUGUUAGUAUCAUCAGAGCUUGAACAGUUCAAUCAGCCACCCAAAGAAGAUGGCUCACUGAGUUUUCUGGUCAUCGGAGAUUGGGGCAGAAGAGGUGAUUUUAACCAAUCCCAAGUUGCUUUUCAGAUGGGAAAGAUUGGGGAAAAAUUGGACAUUGAUUUUGUGGUUUCGACUGGUGAUAAUUUUUAUGACAAUGGAUUGAGGAGUGAGUUUGACACUGCAUUUGAAGAGUCUUUUACCAAUGUCUACACUCAGAACAGCCUUCAAACACAGUGGUAUAGUGUAUUGGGCAACCAUGACUACAGAGGUGAUGCAGAGGCCCAAUUGAGCCCACUACUACAGAAAAUUGAUAGCAGAUGGCUUUGCUUGAGAUCUUUUGUGGUAAAUGCUGAAUUGGCCGAUAUAAUCUUUUUGGACACAACCCCAUUGGUUGAUAUGUACUUCUCAGACCCAGAGGAUCAUAACUAUGAUUGGCGUGGCAUUUCUUCACGCAAGGAUUACAUUUCUGGCUUACUAAUGGAUGUUGAAAAGGCUGUAAAGGGAUCACAUGCCACGUGGAAGAUAGUGGUUGGUCAUCAUGCAAUUAGAAGUGUUGGACAUCAUGGUGAUACAAAAGAACUCAUAGACCAACUUCUUCCAAUUCUCAAGGCCAACGAAGUUGAUUUUUACAUGAAUGGGCACGACCAUUGCCUCGAACAUGUUAGUGAUACAAGCAGCCCCAUACAAUUUCUGACUAGUGGAGCUGGAUCAAAGGCUUGGAGGGGAGACAUUAAAGGGUUAAACAAAGAAGGUUUGAACUUCUUCUAUGAUGGACAAGGUUUCAUGUCUGUGAAAUUGGCAUCAAAUGAGGCUGAGAUUGCAUUCUAUGACGUUUUUGGCAAUGUUUUGCACACAUGGCAAAACUCCAAGCUACUUCACUCCACAAUAUAAUUAAAUUUUCUCUAUGUAUUUUCUUUUUCUUUUUCAAGUUUAGAAAAUUUUGAGUUAUACUUAUAGGUUUAGUAUAGGCCAGGAUAGAAGAUUACCUACUGCAUUUUGUUCUCAAUUUGAAUAAUUAUUGAUGUUACAAUUGGAAAAUUACAAAAACUCUCAAUUCAAUAAAUAUUUUUGAAAUAUAUGAGCAAGGA